GCAGCACCUGCAGUACCGCCGGCAUCGAAAGCGGAUCGGCUUCGCCGCAGCUCGUUCUUUACCAGCUCCCGGAGCGAUGUGUCCUUUCUGAACAGUGCAUUCACUCGCAGAACGAUGUUCAGGCGCACCGGAGACCGGGUCGAGUUGAAGAACGCCGCGAUGCCAGAGACCGGAACGAGCACUUCCUGCAGCAGCAGCAGCAGCAGUUCGGGCUCUUCAGGCUCGGACGCGUUCACCGGCCGCAUGGCAAAGCCAGCGAGGCGCCCUGGCUUCCGUCGCCUCGAGUUGCACAAGCUUCACGAAGUGCGCCAGUUGCAGGCGGCGGCGGCUGGUGGCGACGGCACAGGAACCGCGCUGGACCCACUGGCCCUACCAGAGCCGGCGCUGAUGCAUGCCAGGCGGGAGACUGACAGGCGUGUUUAGACCAGAACGCAACGACGUCGAAGCAGUUGUUCGACGAGGGAAUUGGUACAUGAACCCGAGAUUCCAGGCAUUGCUUUCCGCCACGGCCAUCCUCUGCAGCGUCGUUCUUCUGUUUUACCUUGGCUCGACUCUACGGAUUGGCAUAAAGUACCGCGACCUCCACCGCGCCAGCACCCGAAGGGCUUAUGCAGAACGUGCCGACCUUCCCCUGUUUUCAGACUGCGACGAAAUUGCGUGCCAGCUCUACAUGGCUGCUAUAAGAACUUCCAUCAACAAGUCUCAAGACCCCAGCGAAGACUUCUACGGGUUCGUCUGCGACGGCUGGAAGCAUCAACACCAUCUGCUCUCUGUUGUGGACGCGGCUGAAGAUACGAUGUACGAACGUGCGCUCAACGCCAUCAAGCUGGCUUCCUUGGACAGCCACAACCAGGCUCAAUCCACUUCGUCCGCGACCAGCGUCGAGAAGGAGGUGGCCGCCCUAGCCAGGUCCUGCGUGGAACUUUCGGAGAGCAGCCUGCAAGACCUGAGGAGGUUCAUGUUCGAGCGCCACCUGCCAUGGCCCGAAAAAUCUCGCUGGGACCCACUGGCGAUUCUGCUCGACCUGUCUGGAAACUGGAACGUUCAUCUCUGGUUUCAAGUCAACAUCAGGCUGUCUCCACUUCGCGCCGGAAGCACCCAGCCGGUACUGAAGAUUGUUCCCAGGGCCGCCUUUCGCUCGUGGAUGGCUACCAUGCGUGCAUUCGCCGGCCACCCAACGGGGUCGGUGCCGUGGCUUCGCUACCGCAGGUACGUUAGCAAGAUGCUGCGCCUCUUUGACGAUUCAGAGUCGGCCUCUGGCGAAAUUGUCUCAACCAUCGAGGCAAUGAACAAGCUAACACUAGAAACGCUGGGACCUGCCAUGAACGUGCCUGAACCGAGAAUAGUGCGCACGGCGAUCCGCAACCUUACCGAGACGGCGACUCUCCGCAUUGCAACCGGUCGCCUGGUCCUCCUCCUCAACGAGCACUUCAUGUGGGCACGACGCUUCUCGCCAGGCGACAUCGUGCAAGUGGAAAACCUGGGUCUGUUGCGGUCCGUCGUCUACAUCCUGGGCCUCGAAGGCGAGACGCAAGAGGCGUUAACUCUGAGCCUGGGACUUCGCGUCGCCCACGAGCUGGGCUGGAUGGCCCACAGGGAAAUCGCCGACGUCACGCUCGAGCUCGCAGGUCUGCCUCCGUCGGUUCACACGCGCCGCUGCCUGGUCCACAUCGAAAGUACCGUGGGUGUCGGAUGGCUCAGUCUGUUUCCCAAGCAUCGGGAAGCCGAGGCCUUCGUUCGCGACGUGAGAGACGUCCUCAUCGAUGCCGUGGAGCGUCGAAGUAAGGCGUUUCUUCAGCUCCGGGCCCAUAGUACCGCCAUCUCGUGGAACAGAAACAGCUUCGUGGCUGCAGCGUGCCGCCAGAACCAUCACACCGAGGUCGCUUUUUCGUUGACUGGCUCAAUCUGAUGGCCGAGCGUUGGCAACUACAGGAGCCAGACAUCACGAAUGUUCUCAAGCCGGGUUCUUUGCUCAGCCAUCGAUGGAGUUUUCAAGGCGCACUCGCGCUUGCGGAGGACUACUUCGUCUUUCCUUUCUACCACUCGGACCUGCCGCCAGCUGCCAACUACGGCGGCGCUGGCCGGCUAAUUGCCGACGAAGUGCUCAGGGGAUUGUUCCACGAGCUAGCGCACAACCAAAGCCACAAUCGCAACAACCGAGGCCGCACGGGCUUCUUUCGACAUUCGAACUACACCCUCCCGUCGGAUUGGCCCCCGUACCGCAUGGAUACCAAGGCUCUCCUGGCCGCCCUGCCUGCGUACAGGCUAGCGGUCGUGCAGGACUUGAGCACUGCGCACGCCAGGCUGUCGAGCCUCGCUCAAGACAGGCUUUUCUUUGUGUCAUCGUGCUACGCGCUUUGCUCUAGCAGCCACUACGUGGACCCCUUGUACGGGGAUGCGAGGCGCCGUUGCAACGAACCUGUUAUGCAGCUGUCAGAGUUUGCAGCAGCGUUUCGGUGCAAGGUGCCAUUCACUGAGCGCGAGAUAUGAUUUGAGUUUCCUUUUUUUA